CAUUCAGGGCAUCAUACAGCAAACAUAUUUAUAUUUCCGAAUAAUCUCUAUCUAUAAUAAAUAGCAUAUUUAUACUUAUCACAUUUGAAUUUGCAAUUCACCAUGUUACGGUUAAAUUUUCAAAGAAUUCACACGUAUUUUCUGCGCACCUUAAAACAUAGCCAUCUGGACGCACGCUAUCCAACGUCGAUUAUUGUCGAACAUCCUGCGUCCAUCUCAUUGUGGAAACGACUUGUCGGUCAGUAUCAGUUUCGUACGUCCAAGAGUAGCUACUAUCCCGACCGCAAGUCAGAGAUGCAGCGUUCUCAUGGAAAGGGAAAUACACAAACGAGAGCACAAGUUGCAAAUGCGACAAAAACAGCUGUGGCAACUCCAUUGGAUGAACUUGGAAAGAAGGGUCUUCCUAAAGACUUUUACUACAAAGUGCUGGGCGUAACCCGCUAUGCGACCUUGCAACAAAUACGAACAGCCUUUUAUUCACUGGCCAAGCGCUAUCAUCCGGACUCAACGCACUCCGAACAAAAGCUGAAGCACUUUCAGGAGCUGUCCAAUGCCUACAAUAUACUAACAGACGAGACCAAGCGACUGGAGUACGAUCAGUUGGGCGGAAUCAAGGACGAGCGUGCAUUUCUCGAGCAGGCCGGCAAUCCAAUGACUACGGAUUCAAACUUGAAGUUUGACGCGCAGAAACAAACCAAUGAAGAAAUCGACAAGAUAACAAAACCAGAACUGGAGCUUCCGCUUGCCUUUCUGGAGGCCACAGUUGGCUGCAAGAAACGGCUUGACUUGCGAUAUCUACGAAAGUGUGACAGCUGCAAGGGCAAGUCACAGCUUAUGGCCAAUCGAGAAGUGGGCAAGGAGCCGUGUCGGCGCUGCAACGGAACUGGAAAAAUCAGUAAGAAGACUUUAACCUACACAUCGGUGAACACGUGCACCCACUGCAAAGGCAAACGCUACAUCAAUCGAAACGACUGCGAGACAUGUGAUAAUCGUGGUUUCGUAUUGGCCAAUGUCGAGGUGCUGAUCAAUGUGCCGUCCGGCUCCCAGGAUGGAGAUGUGAUAACCAUCGACAAUCCCAAUACGAAACAGCAUGUCAACUAUAGACUCAAAGUCCCCAGCAGCGAUUAUUUCCGACGCAUUGGGAACGACGUGCACACUGACAAGUACCUCACUAUAUCGGAAGCCAUAUUAGGUGGAAAUUUUACUGUACGCGGGCUCUACGAGAACAUUGAAGUGCGAGUCGAGCCCGGAACACAAUCGCACACGCAACUGUUGCUUAAGAGCAAGGGUGUGCGUUCAAACGGCUGCGUUGGUAAUCACAUUAUAACUCUGAAGGUGCGCAUUCCACGCAAUCUGUCAAUGAAACAACGCCAACUGGUGCUUGCCAUGGCAAAGGCGGAAGAGCCGGUCUUUGAUUGCCAAAAGGGCAAUCAGGAAUAAAGAUUGCGUUUUUUUUUAAAUCGUGUUACAAAAAUUCUCAAUGUAUAAACAACUUACAUACAUAUACAUAUAUAUUCAGUUUAAAUAUACGAUUCAAAAACAAACUUUUAGCGCUCAAA